AUUGAUUUUGAUGCUUUAUCUGGACUCGUUGGUAAACAGAUUGUAACAGCAUUAGCACGAUUUUAUCCUUGAACAUUAUGAAUCUGAUCAUCCAGUGGUUAUUGAGUUUAUGCAAAUAUCUUAAUUUUAUUACUAAGGAAAGAAACAUGUUCUUAAAUUGUUGGAAAUGGAUGAUAUCUGGACAUGCUUUCAAAUGGAGGCCGAUGAACAAACUUAAGGAGUAUGCUUUCAUAUUCUCUUCUAACCUGCAACGUCCAAGGUACCAAGGCUAAUAAUUUUAGUAACCCGUUCUCAUGUGAUAGAAAUUUUUUCCAGUUUUUGUUGUUAGAGAUCAAUGAAUGCACCUGAAUCUUCUUUCUUAUAGUUAACCAUGAAAAUCUAAAAGCGCUGAAGCACAGCUUACAACUUUGUACAGCAUAUUGGAGUAGCAGAAAACCCUACUAUUAUGCUGAUUGUACCCCUUUUCUAUUAUGGCAAUACACAUCAACUUGCUUUCCUAAGAGCAGAUAAUGGCUUAUUGAACUACACCUAAAUAAAAUAAAAGCUUGAGUUCAAGUUAAAUUUCAAAUGCGUAACUGCACUUCGCUGCUGAGUGAUUCAAUGAGUGGGAUCGACGUUCUAUAAUAUAGAUUGCCUAUCUUCUGCAGGGAUGAAUUGGAAAUUGCAAGAAUGCGAAUGUAAACAUAGAAUUCCCUUUUCCUGUUGAAUUAAGUCUUUUCAAGUUUCAACAAUAUAAUCCUCGUACUUAAUCGUUUACUCAUGUUUUCGGGGAUUCUAGACCAGAGGAUAUCGGACAGUGUUCCUUGACUUUGAGUAGAAAGCAAGCAAAAGAAAAGUGCAAGACCUCUUUAUUUUUCCCCCAUUUUCCUCCAUUUCCAAGCAAGCAUAUAUUCUAACGAGCUAAAAGAAAUGCUCUCCAUUUAUUCCAAGCAGUAGCACAUCUGUUAUAGUGUGACUACAACCAUUGGCUUUGAAUCUUCUUUAGUUUCCCUAUGUUGAUAAUUCCGUUUUCUGCCCCACCUUCUGCUCUUUUCUCCUUUUCCCUGUUAACUAAAUGUCCUUGGCCUGUUACCGUCCUAUAUUUAUACACAUCGUUCAUCCCUUAGUUUCUCAUCUCCGUUCAGGCAUUGCUUAGAGCCAUGGAGUCAAGGGGGCACUGUUUAAGAUUGCUCGAUGCAGUCGUAUGCAUUUCCAUUUUAGCCACCAUUUUCUUCACUCGUUGUGAUGCCAGAAUUACGGUUCAUUCAUGGAAGUACCAUGACUCAAGACUCCAGAAAAGUCCAAUCAGCCAAUUGAUAAACAAGCUGAAAGUAACAAAUCGUGUCAAUUCCAAUGUUGAUCCACACACCAUAAACUCACCUUUCUAUUUACCUCCUUUUGAUUCACAAUCACCACUUCCUCAGCCUGACCACUCUCCUCCCUUUACUCCACAUUCACCUUCCAACCCUCCGCCGUCUUACGGGCUACCAACCCCUCCACCACCUAGUUACAUCCAUAGCCCUCCAGCUAAUCCACCGGAAACAUAUCCACCCGAAAAUGGGUUCAGUCCACCUAGAAUUUUCCCAAGCCCCCCUCAACAUCAACCCAGCCUACCAAAACAUGCUCCUAGUUCCCCUAAGCAUGUUCCAGGCCAGCCCAUCUAUAAACCACCUGUGCAGAACCCACCACCUUUGGGACCCCCUCCUCCACACAAAGGGUCACCGUCUGGUGUUUGGUGUGUUGCUAAGCCGACAGUUCCAGAUUCAGUAAUCCAAGCAGCAAUGGACUAUGCAUGUGGGUCUGGUGCAGAUUGCAAGUCAAUUCAACCCAACGGAGCCUGCUUUCAACCCAACACAAUGAUUGCGCAUGCAUCAUAUGCUUUCAACAGCUACUGGCAAAACAAGAAGGGGAGUGGUGGCACUUGCGACUUCGGAGGGACCGCCAUGCUUAUUACUGUUGAUCCUGGUUUUGGUAAGUGCAAGUUCAGCUACAAUUGAUCAAUGAAGAUAGAAAGAGCAAAUCAAAAGACCAAUUAUUUUAUUUCAGAGGAGUUUGAACCAGCACUUGUGCUAGAUGUGAUUUUAUUUAGAUGCAGCAGUUUCGGCUGUUGUGCUACUUAGCUGGAAAUUAUUACCUUGUUUUAUUCCUUCUAUGAAUCGGGUAGAGUUUAAAGCAUAGUUUAUUUUAAUCAUAUUAAAUUAAGCACCAUUUUUUUUUUUAGUUUAAGUAUACUCUGC